CAGGACCUGUCACACUAUGAGUACAGUGACAUUGUGAGGAAGUCAAUGCAUUUACUCAACAGAUGGUUCUCGGCGUAUCAAAAUCUUUUCAAAAGGGCCGUUCUCACUCAGGUUUUGAUCACGGAUGAAUCUGUUAAAGUUUAUAGACGUGUUGAAGAAUUACUGCCCGAGUUACGUAGACUUGCAGCAUAUAGGAUGGGUAACGAGGAAGCAGAGCAAGUGGUGACAAUCCUCCAAGAAAUUAUAAGAUUUUGUCAUUUACCGGACGCAGAAGAAGAACCUCAUCCUGUAAACCAGACAAUUCUCUUCAAUAGUGGAAUCCUGGAAAUAAUGUUCACAUUUCUGUCAAAAGAGAUAGACGUCAAGAUAUUGGAUCACUAUGCAGGGCUGCUUAAAGUGUUUGAGUGUAGCUUUGUUAUGCUUAAACUACUGGCCAGUAGCAACCAUGUUAUUCAACAAAGGCUCUAUGAUCGCCUUGAAUUAAUUCUGUCAAAGAAAGGGGGAUUUGUACAAAUGGCUGAGCUUGUUGCAGAGAUAUUCAUCGGGAAUACACAUACAAGUAUGAAGAUAACGGAACAUCAGAUGCACCAAAUAAUGGCAUUGGUGGUAAGGCAUCGAAUAGAAGUGCCACAGUUCAUUGGUGUUCUAAAGUCUGUUAUGAAAAUAGAAGAGUCGGACAUGUCACUGAAACGUAACCAGGUCAUGGUAAUGACGACUUUCAUGCAGUACAAUACCGAACUAGCUAUCAAAGAAGAUGAAAAUGAAAGAAUGAAGUUACUUUUGUCCGAUAACACAAAAGAACUUGAAUUUUUCAUUUCCGUUGUGGAUUUACUUGCUACUUGUGCAGAGGGAGAGAACAGAUUCAUCGAGUCCAUUUGCCAGACUAUAUUCAAGAUUCCGGAAAUCUUUAAAGUGCUAAAUCAUCCAACGAUCAGUGAUAAUCUGAGGAGACCAUACCUUACUUUCCUGAUUGGUUCCUACAUGCAUACUGUCAGUGGAAUGAUUGAAAGUGGUGCCGGUGAUAUUCCCCAUGACCCAAUAACGUGGGAAUAUUUAACUAAUGUUAGUGCGACGUUAGUUAAGGUGACAGGGUACACAAAGAAAAGUCGGCAACAAGUCAAAUCACUUUUGAAGAAACGACCAGCAAAUGG